AGCACCCAGGAUUAAUUUUAAGAAGAAUGCCACAAGCCAAAUAAGCAUUUCUUUUCAUCUCAUUUCACAGGCCUUCAAGAGGGAAUUGAAAACUAAAGAACCUGUAAUCAUGAGUACUCUUGAGACUGUACGAGUAUUUCUGACAGAACAGCCUUUGGAAGGACUGGAGAAAGUUUACCAGGAGCCCAGAGAGCUGCCUCCUGAGGAGAGAGCCCAGAAUGUCACUCGGCUCCUACGAAAGCAAGCUGAGGAGGUCAACACUGAGUGGGAAAAAUUGAACCUGCAUUCUGCUGACUGGCAGAGAAAAACAGAUGAAGCCCUUGAGCAAAUGCAAGAACUUCAAGAGGCUACAGAUGAGCUAGACCUCAAGCUGCGCCAAGCUGAGGUGAUCAAGGGAUCCUGGCAGCCCGUGGGAGACCUCCUCAUUGACUCUCUCCAAGAUCACCUUGAAAAAGUCAAGGUACCAUCUACCACUUUGCUCCAGAGCCCUGUGAGAGACCCCGGAGAGGUUGUUACCUAAAUUUGUGGGUAGUCUUCAUCCCACAAAGUUAAGUACAGAGAGGGCCCUUAAACAAUAAAAACCAGUCCAUCUUUUAGCAACUCAAAGUCUU